UUUUAUUUUUACAGAGAUCUCAACAAUCAACAAAUUAUGAAAAUCUGAAGAACAAUGUCAAUGUGACAAGAGAUGAGCAAGGUUAUGCUGAUAUACAAGGUGUGGGGCCAAGUGUUGCUACAACAUUAAACGAUGGAUACGAAACUUUUAUUGGAAGGAAAUACGAGAAUACGGCACGGCAAUCCUCAUCAAAGUGAAACCCAAUAUGAACACAUGACUUUGUUUAUAUAAACAGAUAAGCUUUUAUUUAAAUGUCUUCAGAAUGGUUUAACAGAGACCUUAGGGUUAAAAAGAAUUAGACUCAAUCUAACAUUUAACAAACCAAGUUUGUGUCAAAGAAACUAUUUGUUUUAAGAUAAUGUAAAUUUGUACUUGGUGGUUGAUAUAAAACACAUGUAAUGUGAAUUCAAUAUGCGAGCAUUCAAGCAUACGUAGUUUACAUUAAAGCUUUAUUGUGUAACUGUGGUUUAUUAAACCAAUAUUUUCUUAGUAGUAAUAUUCAUUCAAUGUGAUCUGCCUUAUCUGUAUUAUUUUAAUUUAUUUGUAUAAUAUUUGAUUAUUUGUUAUAUUUUGUAACAUGCUGUCCUGACUGAAAUACUGUCAUGCAUUAUCUUUAAUUUACAAUACAUAGUGUUAUGUGUAUUGUAUAUGUAAACAUUACACUGUGGGUAAAUGGUAAUAGGAACUGUUUAAACAGCACCUACUCAUUUUAUUGUUAAUUGCUAACAUGUAUGUUGUGUUUACUUCCUUGUUGAAAAUUCUAUUGAUGAAUACUUACGUAAGGAACUGAUACAAGGAAGACACAAAUCACAGUUAAACAACAACUAAAAUUGCAAGCUAGUGUUUAAUUAAUCUCAGUUACAUGAUUCAGUACCAUAGGUGCCAAACCUUGGGUGGCAGGUGGUUCUUAAAAAUGUUUGCUGUGCAUUAAUUAAUAAGUAUUUAAACCAGUGACAUAAUAUCUGUUUCACGGCAAUGUAUCACUGCUUUCCUGGCCCAUAUAAAGUUUGUAACCUAUGCUCAGUGUAUGUUAAUUAUGGUGUCUAGUGGCUGACACAUGUCAUGCUUAUGUAAACAUUGACUUCUAAAUAGUCUAAGGUUGUAUGCAUAUUGAGAUGUUGUUGCAGACAUUUAAGUUUUCUCGAUAUGAUAAAUAUUGUUAUUUUGUAUUCCAGAUACGUGUACAACAUCUACUUUUAUUUCAGAUACAUUAUUAUACAUAAAUUUUGCUAUUGUAGUGAAUAUGUAGUUAUAAGAUGAAUUGUAUUUCACCAGCAUAUACUAAUAUCAUUAAGCUGUGGACUUUUGCUGUAAUCAUAAUAUAUGCUUCUCCCACUUGUUCCAACCCAACAGUCACCCCAUUAAGAAAAACAUGGGCGCUUGAUUAUACUGGGCAGUUGUACUUGGUAUAUUUCUGUCCAUCUGUACAAACAAAUGAUCUUACAUGGUCUUUCCAAGAUUUAUUGGGUGCAGAUAUUGCUGUAUUUACAUUCCCAUCAAGCCUUGGCUCAAACCCAUGUCAACCAGCAAUUCAUGUACCAGGUUACAGUGCAACUUGCCAAUAUAACAACACAGGAAUUCCUGCUGGUGUUGUAGGUUGUUACACAACAGCAUUCAGUGUUACCAACAAAUUAACUUCUUCUUUCAAUCAAUCAACGUUGCAGCUAGUUCAUGGUGUUUCAAGUUGCUUUGCUCAGAAUAUUUUACUUCAAGCUUGUCCAUCUCCAACAUCCAACAAUGUUCCAGUCAACCCAUCAAGUGGUGUCUACAACACUCAAGCUAACUUCAGCUGUCCCCAGGACUCAACUUUAUUUAACAUGGAUGGAACAACUGGAAACACUGCAACCAAAUGCCUUGCUACAGCAGAGUGGGAGAAUGAAAAGAUAGUUCAAUGUUGGCCAGCCAAUCCAACCAUCAAUCUACCAUCACCUGGUAAUACUGCAACAAGAGCACUUGGUAUAACCAACCUUACAAUAUCUACAACAAUAUCAACAACACUGUAUAAUACAUGUGCAUGGAGUUAUAGAAACAACAAAAGUUUGAUAUUUUACGCCAAAAACUUUGGUCGAUGCUUGACACCCAGCAAUGCUGAAGUGGCAGUUACUUGUACAGACAAUGGUGGUACUGUGGCAUCACAACUACGUUUCAGUCAAGCUAUCAAUGCUAGUUUCAACCUAACUGUUGACUGCGACAUAACAACAGUUUCAUUUCUUACUGUGAUUAUACAAGCUUGUUCAUCUCCAACACCCAGCAAUGUUCCAGUCAACCCAUCAAGUGGUGUCUACAACACGCAAGCUAACUUCCAGUGUUCCCAUGGCUCAACUUUAUUUUAUGUAAAUGGAACAACUGGAAACAAUGCAACCAAAUGUCUUGCUACAGCAGAGUGGGAGAAUGAAAAGAUAGUUCAAUGUUGGUCAGCACCAACUGCUACAUUGAUUGGCAACAAUACCAUUUGUGCUGGAAACAUUGCUACAUUCCAAUGUAAUGCAACUGGGGGUGUCCCUUCUUUGGAUAGAGUUGAAAUUUAUUUCAAUAAUCCAAACCAAACGUUGGUUGGAAACACAUGGACAAGCAAUCCACUGAGUAGUUCAAACAUGGAGAUAUAG